AUGUCGACCUCAACACAGGCUCAGGCCCAGGCCAACCAGGGCAGCUGGGGAGCUUUCCUCAAGUCCAUCGCCUCCUUCAACGGCGACCUCUCCUCCCUUACCGCGCCGCCCUUCAUCCUCUCCAGCACCUCCCUGACCGAGUUCUCCUCCUACUGGGGUGAGCACCCCUCCAUCUUGGCCGCCCCCGCAAAGGAGCCCGACGCCGCCAAGCGCGCCCUCCUCGUCACCAAAUGGUUCAUCACCACCCUCAAGCAGCAGUACGCCUCGCGCAGCGAGCAGUACGGCAAUGAGAAGAAGCCCUUGAACCCCUUCUUGGGCGAGCUGUUCCUCGGCAAGUGGGAUGACGAGGCUGGUGUUACGGAGCUCAUCAGCGAGCAGGUCAGCCACCACCCCCCCGCGACAGCCUACUCCAUCACCAACAUCCCAACCGGCGUCCACCUAGAGGGCUACAACGCCCAAAAGGCCACCUUCAAAUCCACAAUCAACAUCAAGCAGAUUGGCCACGCCGUCCUCACCGUGCCAUCUCCUGAAGCAGGAAAGAAGGAGACAUACCUCAUUACCCUCCCCGCCCUGCACAUCGAAGGUCUCAUCUUCGGCGCCCCCUUUAUCGAGCUUGAGGGCAGCUCCUACAUCACCUCCUCCACCGGUUUCACUUCCAAGAUCGACUACUCGGGCAAGGGCUGGCUCUCGGGCAAGAAGAACUCGGUCAUUGCGACUGUGUAUCCCACUGGCAAGGAGAAGGACGUCGCUUACAACAUCUCGGGCGUCUGGACGAAGUCGUUCGAGAUCUACCAGGGCCCCGCCAAGACUAAUUCGUCCAAGACGCUCAUCGAUACCUACGACGCCGCCCAACACCCCACGUCUAAGCUCAUCGUCGCCCCGCUCGACAAGCAACACCCUCUCGAGUCGCGUCGCGCGUGGAAGGGCGUCGCCGAAGGUAUCGCCAAGGGCGACAUGGACGCCGUCUCGCGCGAAAAGAGUGCCAUCGAGCAUGCUCAGCGCGAGCUCCGCGCAAAGGAGAAGGCCGAGGGACGCACCUGGGAGCGCAGAUACUUCACCGACCAACAGGGCUCCACCGACUCCGUGCUCGAGACCCUCGGUCCCAACGUGGGUCUGCCGGUCAACGGUGACGCUGACAAGACGGGCGGUCUGUGGCGGUUCGACGCUGAAAAGGCCGAGAAGGUGCGCUCCCAGGCGGCCCUGAGCGCGGAGGACCAGGCGAAGAUGGCGAGCGAGAUUCUGGGUCAGCAGGCAUGA